ACGAGACAUCGCGUUAGUUGGCGAAGCGGAAGUCAACAGAAGCUUUUGCUGAACGUUAACUUUUCUUAAUUUGUCACUGCUGUUUAAUAAACAAGGACAGCAACAUGCCGGAACGAGAGAUGGAGGUGUUCUCCAACCCUCUCCCACCUGUCAAUCAUCAGCAGGAUCCAGAUGAUGAUGACGCCCACCCUCUCACAAAUGAAGACUUCAGGAAGAUGUUGAUGACCCCUAGGGGUUCGGCAUCAAGCUACACUGCCACAAUCAACAAGGCUACGGCACUGAGGAAGGAGGAAGAUGAGGAUGAAGAUCCUGCCACCAGGAGGCAGAAGAAGAAAAGCUACUAUGCCAAGCUGAAGAGGAUGGAGGAAGAGAGACAGAAGGAGCUGGCAGACAAAUACAGAGACAGGGCACGGGAACGGCGUGAAGGGUCCAACAAGGACUACGCAGAAACUGAGAUCAUCAGCACCACCGCAGACUACCGAGCAGUGGCCCCUGACGCCAAGGCGGGAGAGAACUAUGCUGAGCGUCGGAAGCAGCUGAUCCAGGAGUCUAAGUAUCUGGGAGGUGACAUGGAGCACACUCACUUGGUGAAGGGGUUGGACUACGCCCUGCUGGAGAAGGUACGAGCGGAAAUCACAUCAAAAGAGAGAGAAGAGGAGGAUGCUAUGGAGAGUGCAGUGACCAGCACCGCUGCCCCUGCCGCUGCUGCUCAGGCCAACGCAGCUGCCCCUGUACCUACUCCUGCACCAGCACCGCCGCCGCCUGAACCCAAGAAAAAAGAGGAAGAAGAUCCAGAGAACCAGAUGCAGUUCAAGACAAAAAUGGCAAGGAAUGUGUAUCGUACAAUCUUCAAAGCCCGACUCCCAGACAGGAAUGAGUUGUUUCUACCACGUCGGAUGGCAUACGUUGUAGACUUGGAGGAUGACUUUGCUGAGUCUGAUGUGCCAACCACACUCAUCAGAAGCAAAGCUGAUUGUCCCAGUCUGGAAGCAACAACAACACUGACAACGAAUGACAUUGUGAUUAACAAACUAACCCAGAUCUUGUCAUACCUGCGACAAGGCAAGAGGGAGACCAAGAAACUCAAGAAGAAGGAGAAAGGCAAGCUGAAGGAAGAGGACAAGCCGAAAGAAAAGCUGAUUGGAGCAGACGACAGCAUUUAUGGAGAUAUUGGUCAGUAUGCUCCUCAAGUUGGGAAGUCAAAAGAUAAAAAAGAUCGCAAGGAGAGAGAGAGGGACAGACUUCCGGAGAGAGAAAGAGGAGAUCGUGACCGUGAGAGAGGAAGGGAUCGAGAUCGGGACCACAGAGAUAGAGACAGUCACAGAGACAGAGGGGACCGUGAGAGAGAAUACCGAGAUCGGGAACGGGACAGAAGGGACCGACAUCGAGAACAGGAAAGAGACAGGGACCGAGAAAGGGAACGCGACAGGGACCGAGACAGGGAGGAGAAGAAGAAAAGGUCCUACUUUGAGAAACCAUCUGAAGAGGAGGAUUUCCGAGACAAGCCAACCGAGUCUGCUAAGGAACUUGUGAAGAACAUCAAUGACAGAUUUAAGAGUUAUGCCGACAUGGAAGAUGAGAAGCAAAAGGCCAAUGAGAAGGCAGAGAAAGAUCGUCUGAAGAAGCUGCAGUCUAAGAUGGAAAUAGACAGCUAUGCCGAGUGUUACCCAGGGAUGGUGGAAGCAUUUGACGCUAUUGACGAGUCGGAUGAUGAGGUUGACUACACCAAGAUGGACCAAGGCAACAAGAAGGGCCCAAUCGGCCGCUGGGACUUCGACACCCAGGAGGAAUACAGCGAUUACAUGUCCAACAAGGAAGCCCUGCCCAAAGCUGCCUUCCAGUAUGGUGUUAAAAUGGCUGAUGGUCGCAGAACUCGGAGGACAGGUCCAAAGGAUGAGAAAGCCAAGUUGGAUCGUGAACUACAGCAGAUCAACCGCAUCAUCCAGAAGAGGAAGGUGGCAGAGCCUGGUGACGGGGAGAAACGCAUCAAGUACUGAAGUCGUACUAGUUGAAGUUAUGUGUACAGUGACAAUGUCUGCAGGGUUGUGAUGUGAUAUGCCCUGCUCAUCAAGAUGUAUUCUCACGUGACACAGUGUGGCUGUUGUCAUAGGAGCACUUCAGGAUAUGCAGAUCUCCACUGUGGAAGCAUCUCAACAAAAACAAGCUUCCACCAUUGCAGCGACAUGGUUUGUUUACUGAGGAAACACUGAGAAUCAUGUCAUUACCAGGUCAAGGGACGCUGCAGCUGUCAUGUCUGGACUGCUUGAGUCCCAACAUGUAUCAAGAACAGCCUGAUGCUCCAGAUCUAAUGGUGAAUGUUAACAGAAUUCAGAACUCCCUUGUCACAUUUACCAGUUAAUCAUGCUUUUACCUGACAAAAGGGAGACUGAAUGAAAUUUCCAGUGUGUGAUUAUAUGCAGUGAGAUCCUUUCACGUCACCUGCCAGGUGGUUGGUAUCUAGGUCUUCACUUCACCCACUGACAGUGGUGAUAGUUCCAUGUUGAUGACACAUUCCCAGACACCACAAUGUGCAGUAGAUCUUCACACAAUGCUACAGUUUCAAGAUUAUAUUGUACAGAUGUCACCAUAGGAACACUAUGCCUUGAAUAAAACAUUAAGAAUAAAA